GGUUCUCACUAUAGUUCCUAUUUAUAUGAUGCAGUUUUCAUCUAUGCUCUCUUGGUAAAAAAAUGUUUAACAAGUCAACUGGAUUUCAGAAAUGGGAGCUUGAUGUUGGAAAUUGCCCGAAAUAUAACAUUUAUAAGUGAUGCCAUUAUGAGCCCUGUCCAAUUUGAUUCAAAUGCUGAUAGAAUGCCAGUUUAUACGAUUUGGGAUUAUACAUCUCCAACUGGUAUUGGAAGAUUGGUAGCUAUUGAAGAAUUAUCAUACUCGGAGAAAUAUAUAAAAAUGGUAGCACCAUUUAAAUGGUUUACAAAGGAUGGAAAGGCACCUGCAGACGUCCCUGAAUGCGGAUUCGAUGGCAGUCUUUGCAUCUAUGACAACUCAC